AUGCAAGACAACGCCGAGCUUGAAUCAUUCCGCCGGGAAUGGCGCGAGGAGGUGGCUCGUCGAUCGAAGCCCAGGUCUACCCAGGCUGCCCCUCAAGCUGCCGCUGCCCCGCCACUAACGCGACUACCACCGACUCACCAUGCCGCUGCAGACCGCAAGGACCUUGAGGAGGAGGGGCCCCCGCCUGCCUCCUUCGACCCCGAGGAGCUGGCCCAACGGGUCGGGGAGCUGAGCGUACAGCCAGAGAAGGAAGCAGACGAGGAUGAGUUUACUCGUCGCGAUGUGACAGAGCCCAACACUGCGUUGGAGCACUUUGAACGGGCGGUCGAGAAAGAGGCCGCUGGCAAACUGGGUGACAGUCUUCAGCACUAUCGUAAAGCUUAUCGGCUUGAUGAUGCCGUUGAUAAGAAAUUCCGAAACAAGCACUACGCCCAUGUAUGGAAGAAGCCCGCGCAACCGAUUCCCGACCAACCGUCUACCACGUCCGCGACUGUUCCAGCACCCGUUGAAGCAGAGAUACUUCCCAUAUCCGAAUUGAUUGCGUCGUUUGCCCAUCUGCCCAUCCCGCCGGCGGAUCCGGUCGUUGAGAACACUCCUCCUCCGCCGUGCCCAAUCUCCAAAGUUCCGUCCGAGGUGAUAGUGGAGAUCUUACACUAUGUGGCACUGCGAGACCCGGCAGCUUUUGGUCGGAUGGCACUGGUAUGCAAGCGGUUCGCGUACCAUUUUGCGCAUGAGCAGCAACUAUGGAGGCGAAUCUGCCAGUCACCAGAAUUUGGAUUCAAGGGCAUGCACUACACUUUUGCCUGUGAUCUCCAUGGACGUCCCAUAUACACACUCGGCGAUCGAUACACUCCAUUCCCAACAGAUGUGCCUCUGGAAAUCCCUAAACCCUUGUCUUCAUGGAGCGAAGUAUUCCAGUCAUACCCACGGAUCCGUUUCACUGGGAUCUAUAUCAGCACUGUCAACUAUACGCGAGCCGGUGCCGCGUCCACCUUCCAGACCGUGUCGUGGAACAGUCCCAUUCAUAUUGUCACUUACUACCGCUAUCUACGGUUCUACCCAGACGGGUCCGUGGUGUCAUUAUUGACUACGACUGAGCCCGUCGACGUAGUACCAUACAUCAGCAAAGAAAACAUUAUGGCCGCCCGAGCCACUUCACACAAGGGCCACCAGCGUCAAGUCUCCGAUAUAGGCAAGUCGUUAUCCGGGGCAGCGGACCCGGUCCCGCCAGUUGCCCAAGCCGCAUUGAAGUACGGCUCCCGCGGACGCUGGCAUCUAACCUCACCCGACCCUCUUCCUGAGUCCGAAGACCAGCCCGAACCAACACCAACCCCAGGCGAGCCCUCCACCGAUCCUCGCGAUCUCAUAAUAGAGACGGAGGGCGUGGAUCCCAAAUAUGUGUACACAAUGCACCUGUCCCUGCGGUCUCCAUCUUCAUCCAAGUCGCAUAUGAACCCUUCGAAGAACACCAAGCUUGUCUGGCGCGGCUUCUGGAGCUAUAACAAGCUUACUGAUGACUGGGGCGAGUUCGGUCUCCGAAAUGACCGUGCUUACGUCUUCCGCCGUGUGCGGGGAUGGGGCCUUGCAUAA